UUCCAGAUGGUCAAGAGCAGGCAGACUCCAGCCUAUACACACACCAACGCAGCUGAACUUUAAAGUGCUGUCUGUCUCAGACUCUCCGGCUCUCAGCCUUGCCAAAUACGAUUCAUUUCAACAACAAGCCUUUUCCAACUAAAUCUACACACCUUGAAGGAGCGCAGAGUGUUGGAUUUGCUUGUUAUUAAGAAAUGUCACCCACUGGAAAAACAUACGAGGAUGCAGCUGUUUUUCCAGAGGAGUGUCUCAGAAGCUCUUAAGGAGAGCAUCCAGGAGAAGCUGACACGGAGCUGAGAGAGCAUGUAGACUGUCAUUUUUUAAAUUUUUUUUAGAAAGAAUUAAGGCUUUUUCCAAUGCAUCAUUGCUGUCCUGCUCAGGAUGUCUAUCAUGUUUGGUAAAGCAAGGACGUGCAACAUUGUUCCUGAACACGAACCUGCAGAGUGCAAUAUCGUAGUUCUGGGAGCAAUGGGCUCAGGCAAAUCAGCUCUCACUGUGAAGUUCCUCACGAAGCGUUUUAUUAGUGAAUACGACCCAAACCUUGAGGACACUUAUUCCUCAGAGGAAAUGGUGGACCAGCAACCAGUUCUGGUCAAAGUAAUGGACACGGCGGACCAGGAUGGACCGGUGAACUGUGAACGCUACUUAGCCUGGGCCAGUGCAUUUCUCAUUGUCUACAGCAUUGAUAACAGACUCAGUUUCGAAGUGUGUCAACAGUAUGUGGAGGCUGUGACACUGUACACCAAAGGCCUGCACCCUGAGGCUCCCAUCAUUUUAGUUGGCAACAAAGUGGACAUGGAGAGAUACAGCUGUGGAACUGAUUUUGGUCUCCGCCUGUCUCUGUAUCUCAGACAAGUGAACAAGACGGAUGGUGCGACCCUGGCUGCCCGUUUUGGCUGCCUGUUUUUUGAGGUCUCCGCCUGCCUGGACUUUGUGUCUGUGCAAAACCUCUUUUACGAAGCCGUCCGGGAGGUGAGGCGUGAGGCAGAGAGGAGCCUUUCACUCCGGCCCCUUUACAUCAGUGAAGACAAAGCACCAAUCAGCCUCUCCUCUGCCUCGCUUCUGUCACCCUGCUAUAAGGAGCUGCCCACUCCGGCCACAGCCAAGCUGGUGACUGUGAAGUCCUCGAGGGCCCAGAGCAAGCGCAGAGCACCCACACUCACCCUCCUCAAAGGCUUCAAGAUCUUUUGACUCAACACUGCCCCCUUAUGGUGCUGAGAGGCGCAGUCAGACUUGAGGACUCUUGUUAGACAUCAACCUGCUGAUCACGUACCUUAAUGAUAACUUAGGAGCACAUAACUUUUUGACUAUAAAAACUAUGAUAUCGAACUACAUUUAUGUCAUUUCUAAAAACAAAAAAUUGCUUUGUUUACUGUUUCUGCAUGGGAUUCUGAUUGCAUUAGCUUAGUAAAAGUGCUUUAUUCAGCACAUUAGAGAUAUUUGAUGUGAAAUCGCUAAUAGUUCUUUGGAAUGAGGAACUUUCCUGUGUUAUAUCACCAAUGUAUGAAAUGAUAAAAUUCAUGUGCCAGAAAUGAUGGAUACCAAAAGCAGGAUAUUGUACAUGUCAGGUCAGAUUUAAUAAUUAGAUUGUUAUGUUCCAGUUAACCCAAAUAUAGUCAGUUAGCCAAGACAUAUUUGGUGUCUAAGGUUUGCUUCUUUAGUUUACACUGGACCUGCAAGGGUCAUGUAGCCUGCAAAUAAUGAUAGUCUAGCUCACCCAAAAUGUUUUCCAUAAUACAUACCCAAAAGUUCUUGCACUUACUUUUAAAUUACGUUGUUGAGCUACAGAUGCCCCCCCCCCCCCCCCCACACACACACACACUUUUUUUUUUUUUUGUAAAAUAGCAGCGAUAAUCUAUAUUUACACUUUUUUUGUGUUCAAAGUGGAACUAUAUUAUCAUCAGAAUAAUGUCCAGCUUUCUGGUACAAUUUUGCGUUCUCAGUUCAAGAGGAGUCAAGGAAGCAUGACAUGAUACAAGACAACCAAGCCGCCAGUGUGUUAGCUUAGUAAAACUGAGAAGGAUUGAUCCAUAUUCGAUCCUGAGCUUGGGUUACUGUCUGUGUGGAGUUUCAUAUGUCUUCCCCAAGUCUGUGUGGGUUUCCUCUGCAUUCUCCUGUUUCCUCCCACCUCUGAUAUGAGGAAGUAGGUGAAUUGCUGACUUUAAUGGACUUACAUCCCAUGCAGGGUGUUUUCACACCUCAUGUCCAGUGUUCCCAGCACAGACUUUGGAACCAUCACGACCCUGACCUUACCCUGACAGUUACUGAAGAUGAAUGAAAUGAUGGCUGUUGCAUAAUAUUACAUAUUACAUAUGUUAAGCCAUAUGGAAUAAUUUUCUUCAUUUUUAUAGAUUGUUGUAAGACCUUACUGAAGAACUGGAUGUGUGGUAAGACAGAUAUUCACAAUGUGUGAGUGUAUAUUUAUGGAAAAUAAUUAUAUUUGGCUCUGAAUGCCUCUUGGACUUGGCCACAUUACCUACAUCAAGUUUUUAAUGCAACUUUAUGUAACCAUCUAACGUCUAGAGAAGCUGCAUUUUAUCUGCACACAAGGUUUAUGAAUAUAUUUUCCUCGUAACAACUUGAAGAUCAACAAUCUCCUUAUGGCAGAUGGAUCAGAUGCAAGAAACCUCUGUAUAUGUGAGUUAAUUAAAUAUGACUCAAACUUG